CUGUCGCAUCGAAUGAUUGAGAAGCGCCGUCGUGACCGUAUGAACAACUGCCUGACUGAUCUCAGCCGUCUGAUACCAAACUCCUUUAUCAAAAAGAACCGCGGUCGCAUUGAGAAGACGGAAAUCAUCGAGAUGGCCAUCAAGUACAUGAAGCACCUGCAGAACCUCGCCGAACCACUGCUAGUGGACGACGGGCCACUGGGCCCCUCGCCCACGACGACGCCCAUUCCCAGCGUAGAGCACGACCAGCUGUUCAUGCUGUGCAACUCGCACUCCUCCAGCACGGGCACGGCGCUGCUCAAGGACCGGCACCAGUUCAUGCGCUACGGCUACCAGGAGUGCGUCAACGAGGUGGUGCACUUCCUCGAGGAGAACAACCUGGACAGCUACUUUCUCAAGCUCAUGGAGCACCUCAAUGAACACCGGGAGAACUUGAAUAUCGGUGUUGUGAACAAGUACAUGUUGGCUGGUGGAAACGCUGGUUCUGCAGCCGCUGCUGCUGCCGCUGCCAACCUGGGAAGCUCAAUCAUAAACAACUACGAUGAUAUGCAGCAGCAGCUAAACGCAGCUCAUGCCGCCGCACUGGCAAAUGCUGCGGCAAUGGCUGCUGCUGCUGCUGCCGCUGCAUCCAGUGCUUCCAAUGAGCCACUGCCCGGUGGUGAAGGCAGUGGACAUCCCCUGAUGGCGAAUGGACAUACUGGAACAUCUCCCGCGCCGCCUCAGACAUCCUCCUACUCACUGAACGCCAUCAAGUACAUGAUUGACAGCUCGGCUGGAGGACCGAUGAACAGCAGUUUGGAGCAACAGCAUUCACUGGCCAGCUCCAACCACCAUCAAAGCAUGGAAGUUGAUGGGGAGCAGCAGCACCAACAGCAUCCCCACCACCACCUUCGCCACGGCCCAAAUCAUCCCCACAACAGUUCGCCACAUUCCCCCGCCUCUUUGUUGUCGCUGAACUCCAAAGCCUUGUCCGCAUCCGGUCUUCUGGGCGAAGCCAAUGGCCAGACCACCAUGAUGGCCAACUCCAGUGGCGGAAUGAUGAUCUCCUCUUCGAGUUGUGCCGCAUCGCCUACUGCUGCUGCUGCUAGUGCUGGAAGCAAUGAUGUCGCCAAGGGUGGAAACAAAAACGAUGGCAGCUCUGCUGCUGUUGCUGCCGCGGCCGGUGAGCCAGGUCACUUUAAUUUCAAGAAGGACAUUAAAGACCGCUUCCAGAAGGUGCUCGACCGAAUGAGCGACGGCAGCACUGCCUCCUCGUCAGCCUCCAGUCGCAACUCGAGCAGUGCAUCGUCCUUCAACUCGGACGGCACUGCCGAGGCCUCUCCCCCGGUCAGUGGCGGUGGCAAUGGAGGCGUGUCAGCUGGCAUCAUCCCGCCAUCUAAUGCCUCUUCCUCACUGGGAGGAACGGGCAUCGGCGUGCCCACAGUGGUAGACACCACUGCCGCUGUCAACCAGAUCGUCUGUCAGUUGUCCUCAUCGGGUUCACUUUCCUCCAACUCCUCUUCCUCGACGUUGUCCGCCUCGGAGACCAAAUCGGUGGCCAAUGAUCUGCAGAUGAUCUCACUGAUGCACUCCAUUGGUGCUGCUGGUGCUGGUGAUGGUGUUGGUGCUAAUGCUGGUGCUAAUGUUGGUGCUAAUGCUGGCGUUAAUGUUGACCCAGCAAGCCACGGCGAGUCAAAGCCCUCAAAGGAGAGAAUUGACAUUGAGGCGAUGUACCAGAAACUGUCCAGCAAUCUACUGAACACAUUGUCCUCGCUAAUCACCGCCUGCACCAGUGAAUACUCUUCACUAGAGGGCAGCAGUGUCAGUGGUGGCAGUAAUGGCAGUGGUGCAAGUGGUAAUUUGGGCCCGAACAGCAGCAGCAGCAGUGGCACUGAAUCAGUGUACGUGCCCAUCUACGCGAUGCACCCCUCCGGGCACUACUACGUGCCAAUGCACAUCGAAGCGGCCAUUCUCGGCAUGAAGGAGGAGUACACCAAGUCAAACAAAUUUCCCAGUAAACCGCCCAACUACAGUUCAAACAACAUCAGCAGCACUAAUACUGCCAGUAAACUGGCCAACGGAGACGGAGGAAGCAUGGGCGGGGCUGCUGAUUAUGAACACGGAGGGGAGCACGGCGAGUUGACGCUGACCACCUCGGCAUCUGAGCAGCAUCAGCAGCAGCAGCAGCAGCUGGAGGGCCGAAGUGCAAAGAAGAUGCGCUACGACCGGAACGAUGUGAAUUCGCACGUCAAAAGCAAUGGCAUCGUGAAGCCUAUUGCCACCACUCCUCUGGGUCACCACCAUCGCCCCCACCACCAGCAACACCCCCACAGUGUGAACAGCAUUGCGCCAUCGCACUUGAUGCCCCACCACCAUCCGUCGCUGCUGCAAGAACCAGUUUCCGAGGUGAAACCCGAAAUGGAGCACCUAAUGAACAGUUCACUGUACCACAAACUGACGGCUCCAGCGGUGCCUCCCUCUUCCUCCGCCUCCUCCUCUUCUGGCAAACUUUCUCAUCAGCAGCAGGAGCCAUCAGGAGCUCACUCUCGGAACAGUCACACGCCCACGCUGAUCAUCCCCAAUGUGCCCACGUCAACGUCGAGUGCCGCCAGUUCGGUGCCGCUGACGCUGCCGCCGGGCACUUCGCUGCACUCACUUGCCCACUCCAGUGUCUACAAUGGCGGUGUCUACGGUGGCCACCACUUGUUCGGUGGCACGCCCACAUCUGCCGUCUCCGUCUCCGCCUCCACCUCCUCUUCCUCCUCCUCCUCCAUCUCUGCUGAUCAGCAUCACCAUCAUCCUCGUGAACAUCACCACAGUUCACUGUUCUCUCCGCCGAUGAGCGUCCUCAAUGGAGGAGGUGGUGGUCUUCGCAGUCCGCCACCGCCGCCUUCACCCCCAGGCAGUGCUCUACAGCAGCAACAACAACAGUUGGGUCUUCGAGGUGGAGUACCCGUGUCCACGAGCGGAUCAUCGGCUGCUGCUGCUGCAGUGGCCGCCCCCUCACUGGCCAGUUACCUGCAGCCGCACGCUCUGGGGCAGCUGAACCUCUCCAACUACUACUCCAGCCUGUGGGCAUCGCAGUUGGCUUCCGGUGCUGGCAGCUCAAGUGGAAAUGGCGCCACUCCUUAUAGCAAUGGCAAUGCUCUUGCUGGAGGUAGUGCGUCAUCAAUAGCUGAUUUUGCUGCUGCCUCCUCCUCUUCCUCUGCCACUGCAAACAUUCACAAAGGAUCUCCGAUGCAGUCUGGUUCGGCUGUGGGCGGUGGUGGCGGUGGAAACAACAGUGGCAAUGGUUUGCACCCCAAGACGACGAACACCAUUGCCAAUGCUGUCGCAGCGGUGGCAGCUGCCAAUGCUGCUGCUGCCGCCUCUUCUGCCAAUCCCUACGGCAUGCUGUCUCUCUUCAACUCUGGCCCUGGUGGCUCUGCUGACCAUUAA